AUGACAUUUAGAUUUCCUGUGAAGUUUGAUAUACCGAAGCAUUGCUACUUGAAUGGAAGAGUAAUCAAGGACCAAUUCAAAAGACUUCAGUAUGCUGAACAUGAAGUCACCAGAAAUGCUUUGAAAUAUAUUGCGAGAAAUACCGAAUUACCAGCAAGAGCCAGGGUAGAGGCGCAGUUGCAAUUAACAGCUAUGCCAAAGUAUACGUCCUAUAGUCAAAUAAAGAAUAGGUGCGUAGCAUCGGGACAUGCAAAAUCCGUGCUUUCAGAUUUUAAGUUAAAUAGGACCGUUUUCAGGGACAGGGCAAGAGCAGGAUUGAUUCCAGGAGUGUCGAAAGCAUCCUGGUAG